GCGCUUGUAAUUUUUUACAUGCACGGCAGGCACAGUUUUGUCUCCCUUUCCUUUCUUGCUCUCGUCGUUCCUUUGUUCCAAGACUUUGCACAUUUCUAUUCCUAUUAUUUUGUUUAUACAUUAAUUUGUCAAGGGAAAAAAUCGGAGGCCCGUAUCGUCAGCAUAACACUUAGUAUAUAGAGAGUAUUUAAAAAUGGUCCCCAAAAAGCACAAAAGCAAGCGUCUGUCCAUCAAGCAACAGAAGAAGAUCCACACGCGGUCGAAGGAGAAGCACCGCAAAGACAAGCGCGAUGCCAAGCGCAACCCCCACAAGAGAGUCAACAAGGAUCCGGGAAUCCCCAACCUGCUGCCCUUCAAGGACAAGGUGCUGAAGGAGAUUGAGGGCCACCGCGAGGCCGUCAAGGAGGAGAAGCUGCGCCAGAAGGAUGCGCGGUCUCAGCAGCACAACAACAACCGCCAGCUGGACGUCAUCCCAAAGACGCUCGCCGAGCUGGCCAGCGACGCGAUGAGGCGGGAGGCUGCCUUUGCUGAGGAGCACGACAUCUCGGAUGAGGAAAUGGGCGGGCACGAGAUCAGCGAGGGCGCCGUCACGGGCCGUCGCGACAACUCGAAGCGCGCGUACUAUCGCGAGUUCCAGAAGGUUGUGCAGCACGCCGAUGUUAUUCUCGAGGUCCUGGAUGCCCGUGAUCCUCUGGGCACACGUGCCCCACAGAUCGAGCGCAUGAUCCAGGAUGCCGGCGCCAACAAGCGCAUCAUUCUGAUCCUCAACAAGAUCGAUUUGGUCCCGCGCAGCGUUGUCGAGAAGUGGCUGACUUACCUGAGGCACGAGUUCCCGACGUUGGCGUUCAAGGCGUCCACGCAGGAGCAGCGCCGGAACCUCGGUCAGGCCGUGUCCAACACCAAGAAGGCCCUCACGCUCAGCACCUCCGAGUGCUCGCUGAUUCAGCUGCUCAAGAACUACUCGCGCAACCAGAAAAUCAAGACCUCCAUCACCGUCGGUAUUAUUGGCUUCCCCAACGUCGGCAAGUCGUCCUUGAUCAACUCGCUCAAGCGCUCCCGUGUCUGCGGUGUUGGCUCCACACCGGGCUUUACAAAGUUUGUGCAGGAGAUUCAGCUCGACUCUAAGCUCAAGCUGAUGGACUGCCCCGGAAUUGUCUUCAACAGCCCCGUCAAGUCCUCGCAAAAGAUGGACAAGACCGCCAUUGCCGAGAUGAUGCUGCGCAACUGCAUCAAGGUUGAGCUGUUGGACGAUCCCAUUGCUCCGGUCGAUCUCAUUGUCCAGCGCUGCAAGCCGCAGGCGCUGCAGGCCAUGUACAACGUGCCGGCCUUUUUGGACACCCGCGACUUCCUCGUGCGCCUCGCCCGCCAGCGCGGGUAUUGCCGAUCUGCCUGCCGCCGCCCGAUUAUCCUCAAUGACUGGAACAAGGGCAAGAUCCCUUACUAUACUCUGCCCCCGGGUAUGUCGCAGGACACUGCAUCGGGCAAGACUGCCGCUGGUGACGCCGCUGCUGCGCACGGUGCCGGCCGCGCCGUCAUUGUCAACCAGUGGGCCAAGGAGUUCGACAUCGACGGUCUUCUCGGAGACAUGGACUCGAAGGUCCUGGCCGAGGCCAGCACCAAUGUCGCUGCUGAGCGCCGCUCCGUCGUCAUGGAGGGCCGCGCGGUGUUUGAUAACGCCGAGAUGAUGAACAUGGAUGAUGACAGCGACGAAGAUUCAGAGUCUGACUACGAGUCCGUUGACAGCGACGCCAUGGAGGAGGAUGACUCGGACAUGGAGGAUGACGAGGAGAAGACAGGUGAGAAGGCUGCAAAGAAGGACACCACCUACAUUGUCGAUCUCCCUGAGGCUCGCAAGGCCAAGGCCGCUGUGCGUGGCGACAAGGUCGCUGCUCCUGAGACCACCUCCAGCAUGGGCAGCAUCAAUGCCGAGAACCGCAAGCAAAAGAAGAAGCAGGCCAAGAAGGCCAGAGCCCAGGCCAGUACCGAGGACGACGAGAUGGUUGCCGACGAGUCCGAUGGAGACAACUACAACUUUGGCACGUACUUUAAGCAGCCCGUCGAGGAGGCUGCUGACUCUGAUUCUGACGAGGAUCUCUGAUUGUUUUCUUUUUUCAAAUCUUUCCUAUUUAUUUCCCCAAUCACAAAAAAUGACAUUUUAUU